CCAGGAACAUAGAAUCAACCUGGGGUUACAUAUCAGGCGAUUCAGAAACUAUGAAUGGCCAAACACGUGGGCUGUCUGCGCGCGUCAGAUCAGUGUGGACACCGAUUUCUCUCCCGUUCGGAUCACUCAAGCUGGCUGUCACACGGAGUGAGCGCUACAGCUCCAAGUGAACAUUGUGAUCCGGUGUCACCCAUAGUCAACACGUAGCCCACGUCUCAGAUCCUUGAAGAGGAGAGAGGGGCGAGCAAAGCGCAGUGGACAUGCGGUAUGACCAGAUGACCCGCCGCGCCGUGACGCUCUCCAGGUGUGUGUAGACCGGGCUCUGUUGAAUAAUAUGAAGCGCCAUGGCGUGGUGUGACCGUGGGGUUCAGACACUGCUGGCUACCGUGGGGGCUUUCGCCGCUUUCAGCCUCAUGACCAUAGCCAUCGGGACGGACUACUGGCUGUACUCACGGGCAUACAUAUGCAACGCAACCAAUGCCAGUACGGAUGACACCCAGUCACAACCCAAGAAGGCAAGGGGAGAUCUUACGCACUCUGGGCUGUGGAGAAUAUGUUGUAUUGAAGGGAUUAACAUAGGGAGCUGUUACCGUAUCAACCACUUCCCAGAUGAUAACGACUAUGACACAGACAGCUCAGAAUACCUCCUGCGUAUUGUGCGGGCGUCCAGUGUGUUUCCUAUCCUCAGCACCUGUCUGUUGAUGCUGGGGGGGCUGUGUUUGGCCGUGGGACGUAUCUAUAGCAACAGGAACAGCAUCCUGCUUAGCGCCGGCAUCCUGUUCGUAGCCGCAGGCCUGAGUAACAUCAUUGGCAUUAUUGUCUACAUCUCCAGCAACGCCGGCGACCCCAGUGACAAGCGGGAUGAGGACAAGAAGAACACCUACAGCUAUGGCUGGUCCUUCUACUUCGGAGCUCUGUCCUUCAUCGUGGCCGAGAUGGUGGCCGUCCUGGCUGUCAACAUCUACAUCGAGAAGAACAAGGAGGUCCGCUUCCAUGCCCACCGCGACUUCAUCCGCUCCAUGUCCUCCUCCUCACCCUACUCACGCAUACCCAGUUACCGCUUCCGCCGGCGGACGCCCCACUCCAGCUCGCGCUCCUCUGACGCUUCCCAGGAGCACUCGCCGGCGAGGCUGAAGGGUGGGACCUCAGCAACGGGGCCGUUGGGAGAAUUGACCAUGUACACGUUGACCCGUGAGGGGGGUCUGAAAGGGGGCGUGACGGAGAACGCAUACAGCCCCGAGCACGGCUCAGCCGAUUUCCUGCAGUUGCACAACUGCUUCCCAAAUGACCUGAAGGACGGGGUCAACCGGCGCACCACGCCCGUGUGAGAAGAGCUUUAGACGGGCCAGUGGAGUGAGGAGGCCCCCCCUGAUGUGGAUGGAGGAUGGAGGUGGGCCUUUGGGGAUGGAGGACCCCAUGGUAGCCCGUCACACUGGAGAAUCAGAGUCAGAGUCCGUAGUUCCAGGGAAAGACGGAGCCAGUGAAAAGACAAAGCCCCUCCUCAGUGAAAAACAACAUGAGGAUGAGGACUGAGGACAUGGACAGAGAUAUAAGGUUAGAAAAUGUUGCCCGUGACAUGGUUUCUAAGGGUCACUGGACAUAAAGAGUGCUUGCUUCUUUCCUGGUGUUCCUUUGUGCUUUUUGACUGCAACAGACUAGUUACCGUCAUUGUUUGUAUCGUACACUACAUACAAGAAAACCAUUCCCUUUAAAAUGUGUCCUUGAACCGCGUAAAAGAGAAGAGAGUGGAAUGUCCUCUUGUUGAUGGAUUUUUAUUGUGUGUUGGGAAACUGUUGAGUGAAUUGUUCAAUGUACAACAUUUCACACUAUUUUACCUGCUUUAGGUAUCAAACGUAGUUCAGCUAAAUGUAUUGUCCAACCUGAAGCCCUCUGUCACCUUUGCAUGCUACUGUAUAGCCUACUGGAGUAGAGCUCGGUGUCUCUGUCUUAUCUGUUAGUAGCUACUGUGUGUCACUGUCAGUUUAAUAGAGAAAUAAAAUCCAAGGAUUGAGUUCUCAACAAAG